UUUUUUUUUUUUUUUAAGAUAUAAGGCCUCAGUCUGUGUAGCCCUGGCUGGCCCCAAAUGCACAGUGUAGAGCCGAGCAGGCUGGCCUCAAACCCAGAGAGAGAUCUGCCUGCCUCAGCCUCUGUCUCAGCAGUGCUUAUUAGAGGUGCUCAGCCACUGCCUGGCACUGGCGAGAGCUCUCAGAUGUUCAGACGCCUUUGAUUCUGUCCUCAGCACAGCAUGUUUGCAUAGCUCUGUAGACUUCGGUUUGUAGUCUGCAGCUGUUAGUCUUACGGACAGCUUUCUUCUGGCCUGAUUCUAGCUGUGACUACCCGGUCAUUCCCAGAGCUUGAGAGGUGGGCUGGGACCUUUGGAGGUGGAGAGCCUCAGCAGCGGAUGUCUUCUUAUGUGCUUUGCUAAUUUUCCCUGUCUGCUUGGCAGUUGGCCAGCCGGCUCUAUUGCCUUUCUUUGGGCUAUGAAAACUUUAAGUGACUCUUUUGAUUAUUUUCCCUUCAUCAUCUUCCCCUUCUUAUUAGUGUUUAUUAAUUGGAUCAAACAGUGGGUUUCACUGUGACAUUUUCAUAGUUUGGUCAUAGUCACCUUCCUUAUCCCCCUAUUUUCAUCAUGUACUUAUGUAAAUUGGGGAUUAUGUGUAAGUAUGACACAAAAUCAGACUAAACAUUGUCUGUAUAAAUUUUCCCUGCAUGAACCCACAUCAUGGGUUUUGGCAUUCAUUUGGUCCUAGAAUUUCAGGGCUGAGACUUAGGCAUGGUUAGUUAAACGAUGCCUGCUGCAGUUCAGAAGUAUUAAUUCUUAGAAAGGAGCUCAAAGAAGCAAGGAAGAGCAAGCCCCAGAAGAACCUGUGCUGUGUCUCAUCAGCCGUAGCCUCUGAAAGGGGCUGGAAAGUACUAUUUUAAUCUGGAACCAUUCUUUUUUUUUUUUUUUUUUUUUUUUUUUUGGUUCUUUUUUUUUUCGGAGCUGGGGACCGAACCCAGGGCCUUGCGCUUCCUAGGUAAGCGCUGUACCACUGAGCUAAAUCCCCAGCCCCAAUCUGGAACCAUUCUUAACUGGGGUAGGGUUCUAUAGUAAAGGGAAAGAGAAAUGAGUCUUUGGAAGAUGUGCAGCUCUGCUGCUACACUCAUUGUCACUUCCUGUCAGACAUAGCAGCUUUGUGGCUUUUACUUGCCUCUCCUUUCUAUUAUUUUCUUCCUUCCAUCCAAGGACAUUUGCUCAGUCUUAUCUCCAAGGGUGCCAUUCUUGCUUCUAGUUGUAUGUAUUCCGAUGGCUUAGCCUUUCCCUUAAUUUCAGUACUUGUAUUCUGAUUUCAAAGUACUUUGUCUUUUCCUCUCCUCCCUCCCUCCCUCCCUCCCUUUCUCGUUUUUGUUGUUUGUUUGUUUGAGACUGGGUCUCACUAUGUAGCCCUAACUGUCCUGGAAUUCACUAUGUAGACCAGGCUGGCCUUGAACUCAGAGAGUUCUGCUUGCCUCUCUGCACUGAGAUUAAAGGUGUGCACCAACAGUUGGCUCUUCUUCUUCCCUUCCCUUUUCCCCUUGUCUUGUGCCCUCUUGUGUCUCAGUCUUAGUUCUGCUGCUUCCACAGUUACUUUUCUCUUGUGCUUCCCUUUAGUUCUUUUCUAUACUGUUGGGUGAUCGUGCAGAGACGUCCUAUGUCAGAGAGAAGUCCAUCGAUUAUAGUAGAGAGAUAACACGGUCUUUCCUUGGAGUCCUUAGGGCACUAUUUGUUAAAAGUUUAAAAACAUUUUACUGGUAGUGUGCAGGGGUGGGGAUGGGACGACCUGGGGAGCUUGUUCUCCCCCUCUACCAUGUGGUUCCUGAGAUUGGACUCAGGUCACUGGACUUGGCUACGAGUCCCUGUACCCAGUCAGGUGUCUUGCCAGCAUUAUCAUUUUUUUAAGUAUUCUCCAGUCUCACAUUUUUGCCCCCUUUGGAUGUGAAAGUUAUUAACUUUAAAAUUUUUUAUCACAUGUAUUUAUUUUGUUUAUGUGGUAUAUGUGUAUGUAUAUAUGUGAGGACAUACAUGCUAUUGUGUCUUAGGGUUUCUGUUGCUCUGAAGAGACACCAUGGCCAUGGCAACUCUUAGAAAGGAAGGCUUUUUUUUUUUUUUUUAAAGAGAUUUAUUUAUUGAAUGUAUACAAUUACACUGUUGUUGUCUUCAGACACACCAGAAGAGGUCAUUAUAUCCCAUUACAGAUGGUUGUGAGCCACCCUGUGGUUGCUGGGAAUUGAACUCAGGACCUCUGGAAGAGCAGUCAGUGCUCUUAACCACUGAGCCAUCUCUCCAGCCCCAAAGGGAAACAUUUAAUUGGAGCUGGCUUAUACUUUCAGAGGUUUAGUCUGUUACCAUUAUGGUGAGAACCAUGGCAGUGUGCAGGCAGAUAUGGCACUAGAGAAGGAGCUGAGAGUUCUACAUCUUGAUCUGCAGGCAGUGGAAGGUGACUGAGUCACAUUGGGCAUAAUAAGCAUGUGACCCUAAAGCCUGGCCUCAUAAUGACACACUUCCUCCAAUUAGGCACACCUCUUAAUAGUGCCACUCCCUAUAGGCUAAGCACUCAAACACGUAAGUCUAUGAGGCUAUUCCUUUUUAAACCACCACAUGCAAUGAGUGUGCAUACAGGUCGGAGAACAUCUUGCAAGAGUUGGUGCUCUGUGUCUGUAGGUCAUCAGGGUUGGUGCUUUUCCCACUGAGUCAUCUUACUGUCAUCAUCCCCCUUGUCUUUGUAGACAAGGUCACAUUUAGCCCAUGGUGGCCUUGAAUUAAUUGUGUAUCAGAUAAUUCCUGAUCCCUCCUCUUAAGAGCUGAGCUGAGCUGAAUCAUUAGAGGCCAAAGUAAAACUACACUUACAGUUAGAUUAGAGCUGGAAGCAGCCUAGGAAGUCCCUGGGUACAACCUGCAUCGGAGCACCGGUGAAUACAGUCAUUUACUUUCUAAUUUUUUGUCUUUCAGAAAAACUUGCAUGGAGAUCUGCCAUAACCUGGGAGUGUGCUACACUUACCUAAAGCAGUUCAGCAAGGCGCAAGACCAAUUGCACAGUGCCCUCCAGCUUAACAAGCAUGACCUGACUUACAUUAUGCUGGGGAAGAUCCAUUUACUGCAGGGAGACUUGGAUAAAGCCAUUGAGAUCUACAAGAAAGCAGUGGAGUUCUCUCCAGAAAAUACAGAACUUCUCACAACUUUAGGAUUACUCUACCUACAGCUUGGUGUUUACCAGAAGGCAUUUGAACACCUUGGGAAUGCACUGACUUACGACCCUGCCAACUACAAGGCCAUCUUGGCAGCAGGCAGCAUGAUGCAGACUCAUGGGGACUUUGAUGUUGCCCUUACCAAAUACAGAGUUGUAGCUUGUGCUAUUCCAGAAAGUCCUCCACUUUGGAAUAACAUUGGAAUGUGUUUCUUUGGCAAGAAGAAAUACGUGGCAGCUAUCAGCUGCCUAAAACGAGCCAAUUACUUGGCACCCUUCGACUGGAAGAUUCUGUACAAUCUGGGCCUUGUCCAUUUGACCAUGCAGCAGUAUGCAUCGGCAUUCCACUUUCUCAGCGCAGCCAUCAACUUCCAGCCAAAGAUGGGGGAACUCUACAUGCUCUUGGCUGUGGCUCUGACCAACCUGGAAGACAUAGAAAAUGCCAAAAGAGCUUAUGUAGAAGCUGUCCGCCUGGAUAAGUGCAACCCUUUAGUAAACCUGAACUACGCUGUGCUGCUGUACAACCAGGGUGAGAAGAAGGGUGCCUUGGCUCAGUACCAGGAGAUGGAGAAGAAGGUCCAUUUUCUCAAGGACAACAAUCCUCUGGAAUUUGAUUCUGAGAUGGUAGAGAUGGCUCAGAAGUUGGGAGCUGCCCUCCAGGUUGGAGAGGCACUGGUCUGGACCAAGCCAGUCAAAGAUCCCAAGUCAAAGCACCGGACCAAUUCAGGCAGCAAAUCUGCUACUCUCCAGCAGCCUCUGGGCUCCUUUCAAGCUCUUGGACAGGCGAUGUCUUCGGCAGCUGCACACAGGAAGAUCCCUUCAGGUGCUGUAGGAGCCCAGCUCACAAAGCCGCCAUCACUUCCACUGGAGCCAGAGCCAGAGCCCACUGUGGAGGCGAGUCCAACAGAAGCAUCAGAACAAAACAAAGAAAAAUAGCAACAAACAUGAAAAUCCAGGAUGACCCUGGAGUAGGGGGUGUCUCUUAAGUGAGACCAUAUAGAAGGUGGUCACAUGACCAAGCAGAUGGAGGCCAACACUUCCUCCCUGGGUGGGCAGUGCAGAAUAAAACAGAACCCAGGGUGUGUUGUGAUGAUCAGGAGGAGCCCAAGCAGCUCUUGGCUGGCCCCAUCAUAGGAACAAGGGAGAAGACAUGCUACAUAGACUUGAGGUCCUGCAUGUAUACUCCAAGACUCAGCAAGGCAAAUGAUGAAAGACCAUUACUCAGUGAAGGACUUUAUCUUGAUAACGGGAAAAGUACUCUACUCAGUAGGCUGUGGUGAUGAAGCUUCUUCAUUCUAACUGGACUGUGGGAAGACGUAAGUCUCCACUGGAAACAAACCUUGGAUUAAGAACCUAGUUAAAUACGGCUUCCCCAACCACCACCACCACCACCACAACCACCACCACCACCACCACCCCUUUUAGAUUAAGUUGAGAUCCAAACUGGAAUGAAUCCAGCUAUAUCUGCCCAAAGACAAUCUAAAACAAGUCCUUAUCUCCAUUCUUCAGAGAGGUCAGAGUCUAGAGCCAGAUCAUGUCAGUUUAAGUAGAGUCAAGGACUGGUCAGGAAUUGGCGCCAAGAAUUUAAAGAAAAAAGUGGGUAGGGUGACUGAGGACAUAGCUCAGUAUCAGAGCACUUGCUUAGCAUACACAAGGCCCUGGGUUUAAUCCCCAGUACUGAUGAAAAAGAACAGAGCUUUUCGAUAAGGAAUUUUAACCAAGACAAUCAAUGAUGAAUGCUGACAGAUGCUCUCAUGGCCCAUUAGCAGCCUUUGUGAAAGAUUAUGGAUCUCCAAGAGGUCACAUUAAAAUAUUUUUAAAAAAAUAAAA